AUGAGCAGCUGUUGUAGCAUCAAAUGUUGUUUCAUUUUCUUCAAUACAUUGUUCCUGGCAUCCGGCAUCAUCCUAAUCAUAAUCGGAGCACUGCAGUACUCGUCUUAUUCACAAAUCGGAACCAUUAUAGGGCAGGGUUUGUCUGAAGUCGUGAUACUCCUCAUCACUGUGGGUGUCAUCAUAACCGUGGUAUCCCUGCUGGGUCAUUUUGGAGCAUGGAUGAAUAAUCCAUCCAUGCUGUCUUGUUUUGUCCUGCUCCUGAUAGUGAUGAUCAUGUUUGAGAUAGCCAUAGGAGCCGCCUUUUAUGUAUUUCGCAGCAAGAAUCUCCUGCAGACAGCUCUCACUAUCAACUCCAAAGCACAUGAAGUGUUCAAUCAAUACAGCCCGGACAAAAGACACGCAAUCAACAAGAUUCAGGAAAAGUUCCACUGCUGCGGUGCAGAAAGCUCCACUGACUGGUCCAAAAGUGAGGGCUGGGAAAACCAUGACGCCGUGCCAGAUUCCUGCUGCAUCACCAAGACUGCAGGCUGUGGGCUUGUUGUGGACACUAAUAUACAUACGAAGGGAUGCAUCGGUGCUAUCAAGAGCUUUUUGACGAAGAAUUUGUUGUGGAUCGGUGGUGUCUGCAUCGCCCUUGGAGUUACUGAGGUCUUUGGAGUGUUCCUGGGUUUGUGCUUGUGUGUGAAGAUAAAGGGAACGAACUAUGAAAGCUUCAGUUAA